GACCCCGAAGCGGCGCAGGAACGUCGUGGCCGUCACAUCCCCGGCCAACGCCUCCUCGGCAGAGCCGCCGGCCCGGAGCCGCGCCGGGGGCGAGCCCAAACCUGACUUCCAGAUCUUCGAGGACAAGGUGGUGCGCGACCGGGCGGUGCUGUCGCGGCUGCGCCACUUCACCGAGUACCGCAUCGACAUCCACGCCUGCAACCACGCCGCGCACACCGUGGGCUGCAGCGCCGCCACCUUCGUCUUUGCCAGAACCAUGCCCGAGCUCCAAGCUGACAACAUUCCCAGCAAAGUCACGUGGGAGCCGGCCGGUAAAAACAGCGUCCUGCUGCGCUGGGAAGAGCCCAGGAACCCCAACGGGCUCAUCCUCAAGUAUGAGAUCAAGUACAGCCGUGAGAGCGAGGAGGUCACCACUGUCGUCUGCGUCUCCCGUCAUCGCUACUCCAAGUACGGGGGGGUCCACCUGGCCCUGCUCCAGCCGGGGAACUACUCGGCCAAGGUCCGGGCCACCUCGCUGGCCGGCAACGGCUCGUGGACGGGGCUCGUCAAGUUUUACAUCCUGGGGCCAGCCGAGGAGGAGUCCGGCAGCUUCUACGUCCUGCUCACCGUCAUGCCCGUGGUCCUCAUGGUGCUCAUCUCCUGCCUCGCCGUCUUCGUCUUCUUCUACAACAAGAAGAGGAGCAACGACGGGUACCCCAGCGGGACCCUCUACGCUUCCGUCAACCCUGAGUACUUCAGUGCCUCGGACAUGUACAUGCCUGAUGAGUGGGAGGUGUCGCGGGAGAAGAUCACAGUGAUCCGGGAGCUGGGGCAGGGCUCCUUCGGGAUGGUGUAUGAGGGGCUGGCGGUGGGGCUGGUCUCCGAGGGCGAGGAGACCAAGGUGGCCCUGAAGACAGUCAACGAGUUGGCCACCAUGAGGGAGCGCAUCGAGUUCCUCAACGAGGCCUCAGUCAUGAAAGCUUUCAAGUGCCACCACGUGGGCCGUCUGCUUGGCGUCGUGUCCCAGGGCCAGCCAGCUUUGGUCAUCAUGGAGCUGAUGACACGUGGGGACCUGAAGAGCUACCUGCGCUCGCUCAGACCUGAGGCUGAGAACAACCCCGGGCUGCCGCCGCCGUCGCUCAAGGACAUGAUCCAGAUGGCGGGGGAGAUCGCCGACGGCAUGGCGUACCUCAACGCCAACAAGUUCGUGCACCGGGAUCUGGCUGCCCGCAACUGCAUGGUGUCCGAGGACUUCACCGUCAAGAUCGGAGAUUUUGGCAUGACCCGGGACAUCUACGAGACGGAUUAUUACCGGAAAGGAGGCAAGGGGCUGCUCCCCGUCCGCUGGAUGUCCCCCGAGGCGCUCAAGGAUGGCAUCUUCAACACGCAGUCCGAUGUCUGGUCCUUCGGCGUGGUGCUGUGGGAGAUCGCCACGCUGGCCGAGCAGCCCUACCAGGGCAUGUCCAACGAGCAGGUCCUGCGCUUCGUCAUGGACAACGGC